AUGUAUCACCUAUUCCCUACUUGAUUUCAACAUUUCUAAGCCCUAAUAAAUUCCACUCGUUGCUUGACUUGCAAUUUGCACCUAGUGGACUUAUGAAGAGACAAAUGUCUUUCUCGCAGUCUCUUAUGUGUUAGAUACCAUAUCUGAUAGACUGAUUCCAUUGUAUUUACUAUUAAGAGAUACAGUCAACACUCUUUAUUUUACUUAUUUCUUAUUCGUUAUAUAUCCAUAUUCCCAUUCGCCCAUUUGGGUACAUUUCGAUAUUAUUUCUCUAAUUUUUUUCUUUUAACAUUAAUAUUGUGUGUGUAUAUGUACAAGAUCAACGUAAUUACAAUAAACGAUAUUGACUUCCUAAUUCAUCAGUUGCUAGCUCAAAUAUAUCCCAGGGUACCAGCCAUGGAUCUCCGUUUCUUGGCGUCGUUAACCAUUCUUCUCGGUCUGUUCUUCGUCAAUUCACAUACCGCAGCUGGACAACAAGUUGGCGUUUGCUACGGAAGAUACGGUGACAAUCUCCCGUCGCCGGCAGAAACCAUUGAGCUCUUCAAACAGAAAAACAUCCGGCGAGUUAGGCUUUACAGUCCGGACCACGACGUUCUUGCCGCCUUACGUGGCUCCGACAUCGAAGUCAUGUUGGGCCUCCCUAACCAGGACCUUCAACGCAUAGCCUCUAGCCAAUCUGAAGCUGACACGUGGGUCCAAAACAACGUCAACAACUACGUGGAUGACGUCAAGUUCCGUUACGUAUCUGUUGGGAACGAAGUGAAGAUCUUUGACUCUUACUCACAAUUUCUAGUCCCUGCCAUGGAAAAUAUUGACCGGGCGGUAUUAGGAUCCGGACUCGGCGGUCGUAUUAAGGUAUCAACAGCGAUAGACAUGGGAGUGCUCGGAGAGUCUUACCCACCUUCAAAAGGUUCGUUUAAAGGAGAAGUAAUGGUGCUCAUGGAACCAAUCAUACGUUUCUUGGUAAACAAGAAAUCUCCUUUACACUUAAACCUCUACACUUACUUCAGCUACGCGGGCAAUCCAGACCAAAUCCGACUCGAUUACGCUCUCUUCACGGCUUCUCCAGGAACCGUCUCAGACCCUCCAAGAUCUUACCAGAACCUAUUCGAUGCGAUGCUCGAUGCGGUGCAUUCGGCUCUAGAGAGAUCUGGUGGUGAAUCGUUGGAUGUUGUCGUGUCGGAGACUGGAUGGCCAACGGAAGGAGGAACCGAGACUAAUCUGGAGAAUGCGAGGAUUUAUAGCAAUAAUUUGAUUAAUCAUGUGAAGAAUGGGACACCGAAGAGACCAGGGAAAGAAAUCGAGACUUAUUUAUUUGCGAUGUAUGAUGAGAAUAAGAAGCCUACUCCUCCUGAUGUUGAGAAGUUUUGGGGAUUAUUUCAUCCGAACAAGCAGCCUAAGUACGAGGUUAACUUUGGUUGAGCCAAACCAAUAUGUCAUCGAGGGAAUGCUAUAAUUUCUAUUUUGAUAAUAUAAUAUAUAAAUGUAAGGAAUAAAGUUGGAGAGAUUUGUCAUGAAUAAUAUAUAAACUCGAGACUGUGAUUAUUUUAAUGUUUAUGUUGUUAA